AAGACGGCCGGGGUCAGGUUCCAUCAUGGCGGCUGAAGAGGCGGAUGUGGAUAUCGAAGGGGACGUGGUGCCAGCGGCGGCACAGUCUGGAAGUGAUGAAAAUACAGCAUCUGUUUUACAAGACCACUAUCUUGACUCAUCGUGGAGAACUGAGAAUGGUCUUAUUCCUUGGACUCUGGAUAGCACCAUCAGUGAAGAGAACAGAGCUGUCAUUGAGAAAAUGUUGUUGGAAGAAGAGUAUUAUUUAUCCAAAAAGUCACUUCCAGGAAAAUUCUGGCUUGAUCAAAAGGAAGAUGAUAAAAAAUACAUGAAGAGUCUGCAGAAACCAGCAAAAAUCAUGGUACACUCUCCUACAAAACCAGCCAGUUACUCAGUAAAGUGGACGGUAGAAGAAAAAGAGCUGUUUGAACAAGGGCUGGCUAAAUUUGGCCGAAGGUGGACCAAAAUUGCAAAGCUAGUUGGAAGCCGCAGUGUUUUACAAGUGAAGAGUUAUGCCAGACAGUACUUUAAAAAUAAGGUAAAAUCAGAUGGUCCAGAGAAGGAAACAGCAAAUCAGAAAAACAGCAGUGGUUUUCAGAUGAAAAAUGAAGCUGAAGGCACAAAGGCAUGGACACCAUCAGGUUUAAGGGGUCGUGCUGAUCCCAACUGGAAUGCUGUAAAAAUUGAAAAGUUAUCUGAUGAUGAAGAAGUAGACAUCACAGAUGAGGCAGAUGAGUUGACUUCUCAAGCUCCCCAAAAGAAUCUUAGCAGUGAUCUCUUAUUAGAUAUCUCUAAAAAUAAAAGUCAUGAAACCAGUAAAGGAGAAUUCAUUGCUUCUGACAGCCAGGAAGAUCCCAUUUCUAAAUCUUCCAAGGAGUAUCUUCAGAAUAUAAAGCAAGGUGAGAUGGAAACACUUUCAAGCUCAGGAAAUACAUUUUGGACUGAAAAUCACAACACCAGUGACCAAAAAUCAGUUGAAUUAUAUGAUCAGAAAUGUAAUAAACUGAUGAAAAACUGUAAUAAGCAUGAUGGAAAUGGAAUAAUAGAUGAUGCCAGGCAGUUACCUUCUCCAGAGCCUUGUGAAGUUCAGAAAGACUUGAGUGAUAAUGAAUUGCUUUUUCAUUCUUCCUGCCAAAUGGAGGAGGAGAGCCAUGAGGAAGAAGAGCUUAAGCCACCAGAACAAGAAAUAGAAAUUGAUAGAGAUAUCAUUCAAGAGGAAGAAAAGCAAGCAAUUCCUGAGUUUUUUGAGGGACGCCAAGCUAAAACACCAGAACGCUAUUUGAAAAUUCGGAAUUAUAUUUUGGACCAGUGGGAGAUAUGCAAACCGAAAUACUUAAAUAAGACCUCAGUACGUCCUGGCCUGAAGAACUGUGGGGAUGUUAAUUGUAUUGGACGGAUUCAUACAUACCUCGAGUUGAUAGGAGCAAUCAAUUUUGGAUGUGAACAGGCUGUAUAUAACAGGCCACAACCAGUUGAUAAAGUACGAAUCAGAGACAGAAAAGACACAGUAGAAGCGUACCAACUUGCCCAGCGUCUGCAAUCUAUGCGCACAAGGAGACGUAGGGUCCGAGACCCGUGGGGAAAUUGGUGUGAUGCAAAAGACUUAGAAGGACAAACGUUUGAGCAUCUCUCUGCUGAGGAGUUGGCAAGAAGAAGAGAAGAGGAAAAAUGCAAACCUGGUAAAUCUUCAAAAGUGCCAAGGCCAACAAAAAGCUCAUUCGAUCCCUUCCAACUGAUACCUUGUAAUUUUUUCAGUGAAGAAAAGCAGGAGCCAUUUCAGGUGAAAGUGGCUUCAGAAGCACUUUUAAUAAUGGAUUUGCAUGCUCAUGUUUCUAUGGCAGAAGUGAUUGGUCUGUUAGGAGGAAGAUACUCAGAAGUUGAUAAGAUAGUUGAGGUCUGUGCAGCAGAACCGUGUAACAGUCUGAGUACAGGACUACAGUGUGAGAUGGAUCCCGUCUCACAAACACAAGCCUCGGAAACCUUGGCUGUCAGGGGCUAUAGUGUGAUUGGAUGGUAUCAUUCUCAUCCUGCCUUUGAUCCUAAUCCUUCCUUACGAGAUAUUGACACUCAAGCCAAAUACCAGAGUUACUUCUCCAGAGGCGGUGCAAAGUUCAUUGGAAUGAUUGUUAGUCCUUAUAAUAGAAAUAAUCCUUUACCUUAUUCUCAGAUUACCUGCCUGGUUAUAAGUGAUGAAAUUAGCCCAGAUGGCUCUUAUCGUUUACCUUAUAAAUUUGAAGUACAACAGAUGUUAGAAGAACCUCGGUGGGGAUUAGUGCUUGAAAAGACAAAAUGGAUAAUAGAAAAAUACAGGUUAUCCCGGAGCAGUGUCCCCAUGGAUAAAAUCUUUCGCCGGGAUUCUGACCUGACUUGUUUGCAGAAACUUUUGGAGUGUCUGAGGAAAACUCUGAGCAAAGUGGCCAAUUGCUUCAUUGCUGAAGAAUUCUUGACUCAAAUAGAAAAUUUAUUCCUUUCCAAUUACAAAAGCCAGCCAGAGAAUGGAGUGGCUGAAGAGAAGUGUGCUGUGGAGCCAAAGGCGCUGUUAACGUGACUAUUUUAAAGUAAGACGUCUUAACCGUGACACAGUAGACCGUACUUUCAGAGUUAUAGCCUUGAAAUUAUUGUAAUUUAGUUAAUAGUGGUACAGCUUCGAUUUUUUUUUUUUUUUUGUGCUAGUUCACGAAAUCCAAAUUUUGCCACAUAAACCAUGUGACAAGAAAGAGACAUGGACUUGGACUUGUUUUCAUAUGUGGCGCUUAGUCCUCCUCGGCCCGGUCAGCAGGGUGUGGACUGAAGGGCAGCCUCCCUGCUGUCUUCAGAUUGAUAAGUGCACUGUGUCUCAGAUUUUUAUUUCCCCCUGAACUAGUCAUUCCAGUUUUGCUAUCUCCUGUCUCGUGAGGAGCACUUCCAUUCUUUUCAUGUGUUUUGGUGAGGCUUGUUUAUGGUUGCAAAUGAGAUACAGGUGGGUGGUCACAGCGUAAUUAACAUGGUUGAGAACUGCUGGUUUAAUGAAUCUAAGGACAUGCUGUGGGAGGACAGGGGAGGCAUCAGGAGAAAAUCUUCAAAACAGACAAGAGAUCUAAAGGAGAGAAUCAAAUUACCAGUUUUUUAAUUACAGAUAUUUGCUUCCAUUUUAUUGUAUAACAACACUACUAUAGGAUAUGCCAUUUUCUCAGCUGAAACAUUUUGUAUGGAUUUCAGAUACAUAACAUAAUAAGCUUCAACUAUAGGUCCACUUAUGUUCAUUUGUGUGAUAAAGGCUCGGUUAACUAGAACACAGGUAAUCAUAACUCUUAAACUAGACUUUUUUUUUUUUCCUACUACCUGCUAUGAGGAGAAAGAGGCAGAUUACAAUAAAGCUUAAAUAAAUCAGACUUAAUUUUAAAAACAAAAAAUCCUUCCAGGACAUAUUAUGUAUUCUGCCCCGUUUCAUAUACUUGCUGAAUCCAGAACAGGGAUCAGUGGACUUUUUAUGUAAAGGGGCAAUUAGUCAGUAACUUAGGCUUUGCAGGCUACACACCAUCUCUAUCAGACAUUCUUCUUUAUGUUUUUUAACAACGCUUUAAAAACAUAAAACCAUUCUUAGCUCAUGAGCCUCACAGAAAACAGGUUGCUGGCCAUUAUCUUCCAAACCCUGCUCCAGAGAAUUGCAAACAUUUAGAAUUUAUUUUCAAAUGCAUGAGCCUGAGACAUUGAAAGGUCUUGCAUCAUCUUCAAACAACAAUAAAACUAAAAAUUGUGAUUUACAUUUAAAUUUGUUUUCAAAUGAAAGUUAGUAGUGAUGCUGCCUGAUUUAUUCUGAUAGAUUUUAGUUUACUUCUGUUAACUAAAGAAUUAACUUAUGUCCUUUUCCCAAGCAUUCUUAUUAAUAUCUGUUUUAUUCUAAUCUGCAUAUGAUUCUGUAUUUUUACCUUUUUUGGUUUAAUGAAUAUCCAAGGAAAAUAAGUCAGUAUUGGAAGGAGCAGUGAGCCAGUUUUAGAUGACCUGGGUCUUGACUCAACCUUGUGAUUUGAGGGAUAUAGUUUACCUUCUCUGGGCCUAAAUUCAUGUGUAACCGAGGUCUAAAUUAUCUGCCCUGCAUCCUUUCAGGUCUAAAAUCUUAUGAUUCACUCUGAUUGUUGGACUUACCCACCUGGAGCUUGUAUUUUGAGAUGUUACAGUUCCCAAAUUAAUGAAUGUUUUUAAAGAAAAAUGGUAGUAUUUUCCAUUUUUCUAUAUGUAUUUAGGAUAAACGGUGAAACAUAACUUACAAAGCAGUUACUUUUGGGACUGGGCUUAUUAGAGCUAUAGACCAAGAAUCAGGAAACCUGAGUUCUUACCCUAAUUCUCUUACCAGCUUUGUUGUGUGACAGUGGUAAGAUCACAUAAACUUCUGGACCUCAGAAUCUUCACCUGUAAUUCAAGGGCAGAAAGUCUGUGAUUCUGUAAAAGGGUAGUGAUUUGUUCCUUUCUACCCCUCCUUUUGACAUACUUUUUUCAUUGUAUCAGGAACAGAUCCUAGAAAGUGGUAUUAGUUAGCUUUCCUGAUUGACAUUUCCCAGUAAUAUUGAUGAAUUGGGGUUGGAAAAUAGUGGAAAUUGUUAAAAGUUCUGUUCUCAGUCUGGGUCCUCUGCAUGCUAGUGGUUCACCACAUUUAGUAACCUAAGCCAUACUGUGAGGAGCUCUCAAAGGUGGUAAUAUUCAGAGUUUAGAGCUUUGAGAGAACAGUUUUUAAAAUAAUACUUUUUUUCUCAUGAUAGAGUACAUUUAUGAGAAAAUAUUUUUUAAAAAGCAGAGAGCACAGUUAACAUUUUGGUAUAAAUCUUUCCCCAUUUUUUUUUUUGCAUCAUGUAAUUUUAUAUUAAAAUCUGAUAUCUUCCUCCCCUCCUCCCUCAUUCAUUGUUUUUUUUUUUUCUCAUCAUAGUCUUAAAACAUUUUUGUAACUACAGGUGCCCACAUUCCUGUCACUGCCAACCUUGGCCUGCUGAGGGCAGUAGGAGCCAGACCUUGAGAAGCACAGAGGAAGUCUAGGGCUGAGGGUGGCAGUGUAAUGCAGGAAGUUUAGGAGGCAGGGUCUCAGAGGAAAACCUACCUCUAGUAAUGUUUACAGAGUGAAGAUGGGACUUGAAAACAUCCAAGUCUCUUCAUCCUGAUUUGGUUCUUUCUUUUGCACAGUGACAAUAAAAUAAUGAGCUUAAUUUAUUUUCCUUUUCCAGCUUGCCUGGUGGAAAUUGGUACAAAUACUUCACUAGUAUUUGACCUAGCACUCUUAAAAAUCUAAUCCCAAAGUAACAUUCAAAAAAAGAAAAAUCAGUGGAAUAAGACCCACAAGAUCAGACUCUCCUUACCCCUCUGUAAUUUUAUCCUUGAACCAUUGGCCCUCAAAGCAGCUUUAUGACUUUCAUAGGCCUUAGACACUUUUGCCUUCUUAGGCCUCUUCUUCCAUAAAAAAUUAAAAAUUAAUGUUACAAUUGCAUUUGUAUAAAAUGAAUUUUAUAUAUAAACACAUCCUUAAAUCUAGAAGUUUGGUUUUUUUCUUAUGAAUUUAAAAGAAAUUAAAACAUUUUGGGGGGCCUCUAAAUGUAUUACGGGCCUGAGACCUGGUGCCUAAUAGAUUAGUUGGCCCUGCCUAUACUAUGAAGGGUGCUAUUGGGAAAAUGGCAGUCACUACCCUCUCCCCUAUGAGCCCACCUCACAAACCCUAGAGGAGCUUUGCCACACAGCCAAGAACAUUGCAGUACCUGCAGCUUUAGAUCCAUAGACUUGAACUUUGUUCUUUACUGAUGUGACCAAAAUUCAGGAGUGUUACUUGGGACCAUUCAUCCCCCAAAGAACGAUAGGCCACUGUGGCUAACUUCAGUUUUCAGGUAGAUAUUUUAUUCUAUUCUUUAUCAAUAGUUUUGAGACUCAUGCCACGUGUCCCACCGUCUUUUCUUCCUGCAUUUCCCUCAAGCCCUUUAUUUUCAUCCUCACUCCCUCACUUCUUACCUGACAGUGUAUAGGUACAAGAUCCUUCAUUGUCAUGUGUUGAAAGCAGGGCCUGAAGAAUAGAGUUGAACAAACCCAUUCAUAUUUCCCAGAAGCUGACUAAUGCUGCCCCAGCCCUCUCUCCAUAACUUUCCUCCCCCAAAGGACUGGGGCAAGGGCUGUGACAUGCAGACCAUCUGGGCAGCAGAGGAGGCUGUGGUCUCAGCAUGCCAACCUGAGUGGGCUUCCUGCUCUACAGUUUACCUUCUUCUUUGUCUUGCUGGGUCCUAAUGAAGUGAGCUGGAGGACCUGGAGGAACUGAUGCAGUCAGGAGGCCCUAGAACUGAUGCUUUGUUCUGUCCCUACAAAAGAGCCAUAGGACACCUGGCCACCCGGAAGGUAGCUACCAUCCUCAGGUCAUCAACAAGCAUCCAGUUGGUGGGUUUCUCAGUAGAAAUUAAGUCAGGGUACCCAAAUGUUGUGGGUUUUUUUUUUUUUUUUUUUUUUUUUUUUUACCUAUGCUCUUCUCUAUCCAGAGCUAGGCACUAAAUCUAUAGAGUCACAGAUUAUGACAUUUAGGAAAACUUUUUUCUCACAAGCACGAAGAAAAAAGCACAUACAUUUGUAACAUCAUCUGUUUCAUCAGGGUUAAUACAAAAUUUAACAAAGAAAUUUGAUCUGCAUCUCCAAUUUACCAGUGGUUUAAUAGUUUUCUUACAAAUUAAUACCACAUUUUGCAAUAUUUCCAGAAAAUCACUGUGGAGAAUAAUGUAAUAUACUUUAGCUUAAUUCCUGACCUUUUCUUAAAUGGUUUUAUGUGUGCUGUUCCCCCAAACUCUUGUUUUUUCAUUUAACCUAUAAUUUGUGCUUUCUGGUAUUUUCUAAAUCUUAUCUUUUAAGCUACCUUAAAUCCUUUCUGGAACAAGGCAAAGAAUAAAUAUGUCAUCCCCCCUAAGUCAGGAGAAAGUCAGAAUAUCCCAGAGAAGCUGUGAUUAUGCCAGGGACUCUAUACCAAACUAAAUUUGAACAAGUAAAAUUAACUCAUGGUAUCUGGGUUGUAUUAUUUUUAUACCUUUGACUAUAUUUAUGAAUAUAUUCAUAAGAACUUUAAUUUCAGCAAAAAAUGCCUGAUCUGCCGUCUUUGAGGUUUCCUGGAGUACUCUCUUAGGAAUUAAGAAGUAUGUUAAUUAUGAUUUUAUAGUUUGUAUUCCUGUUUCAUAGGUUACCACAGAACAUUUGUUUCAACCUAUGGAUUAUAAAAUAGUAUUUAGAUUGUAGCAUGAUUUAAAUAGAUAGGUCAUAUAUAUCUUUAAAUUUGUGGAUUUGAUGUGUAAAUUGUGUAUUAUGUAUAAGUUUACUAUGAUUAUUGGUAAACCUGUUGCUCUUGUUUUCCCCAAAUGUUAUCAGUGUUUAUGGAUUUCUUUAUUAGUUUGAAUUUUGGAAUGUUCUGUAAUAAGAUAUAAUGAUUUCAACUAUUUUGUGCUUUUAAAUAUGCCAUGUUGUCUAUAUCUGUAAUAAAGAAUAUUGUAAAUAUUAAUGUUUGUACAAUUAUUAAAGCUUUUCCUCAAAAUGA